AUGUCUCGUCGCGGCGGACUCGUGGGCUCCUCUCGCGGUGGCCGCAUCUCAAGCGCUGGAGGCAGCGUUCGGGGCACGCCUGACCCGAACUCAGCUGCGGGCCCCAGCACGAGCGCGAGCGCCAGCUCCAGUCGAAACACCGCGUCUACGAUCUUUGGCGCAUCGUCCAUCAUUGGUGCUGGUGGCGCGCGGCAGAAGGACCCUAGCGGCCGCAUCCAAGAGUGGAGUUCUCCCGAUGACAAGUGCCCGCAAUGCAAGACAGAUCGGUAUCUCAACUCAAAGCUGCGGCUAUUGGUUGGACCGUGCUAUCACAAGAUGUGCGAGUCAUGCAUCGACCGCAUCUUUGCUCUAGGCCCGGCGCCUUGUCCCGUUUGCCGACGGACGUGCCGCAAGAAUCAGUUCGGUUUCCAAACGUUUGAAGACCUGCAAGUCGAGCGUGAGGUCUCUAUCCGGCGCACCAUUACCAAGAAUACGGCACGCAGUCUGGAGACGGACUUUGGUGGCGACUUAAAAGCAUACAACGAUUACCUGGACAAGGUCGAGUCGCUCACCUUCAGCAUCGUCCACGGCAGCGAGGCGGAGGCGGACGAAGCGUGGCGCUGGAUCAACGGGCAGGAAGGCGUAGCGCGCAACAGCAUCGGCCUGCAGGCGCGCUACGCGGAGCGCGAGAGCGAACUGGCGCGCGAGGCGGAGGAGAUGGAGCGCAGCGAACGCAAAGCCAAGGGCGAACGUUUGCGCGCCAUCGAGGCGCGCGAAAAGCUUGAAAAGGAGCAGGAAGACAGAAUGCUGGUCGAGCUCAUGGAGAAGGGGAAGAUUGACGCGCAGGAGGUGCAGAGGAGGCGAAGAGAGGGCGCACGGAAACGCGAGCGAGAUCGAGAUCGGGAGGAGGCCGCCGUCGAGCGUGAAUUUGCCACUCGGGCGGGGGAGCGGCUGGGCGCGGCAGGCAGAGGCAAAUCUGGCGGGCCCGCUGCGAAGGGCGGCUGGAGCGAGGCGAACAAAGCUGCGAGGCUCUGGGGCCCAGCGGGCUACCAGCCUGAAAUGCUGCUUGACUACCGCGGCCCGCUCGCGUACCUGGACGACGGAAGCGCGCUGCUGCCCGGCGGCCGGUCUAUGUUCCAGCCGCAUGAAUCGGCGCACGAUGCAGCGAGGCUUCUCGCGUCUACGGGCAUCGCGAGCGCAAGUGCGCUUGCGCAGAUGAGCAAGGACGAUGCACAGCGUAUCACGGCCGGCGGGUACUCAUGGACAAAGGCGUUGGGCAGGGAUCACCUAGCCGGAUUCGCGACGAUCAGAUUUCAGACGCCGGAAAUUGCGGCUGGUCGAGUUGAGUAG